AUGGAUCUGCAGCCCUACGCCUUGGUGUUGCCGAUGAACUGCAAGACUGCAGCCCGCAACAAGCGUAAGAUAAUGCAAAAGAUAUUGGGAAACAACCCUACAACUACCGUUACUGAGAAUGGCAAAGUUUCCGUUGGCGACGAGAAUAAGCACAGCGUUGAUGCCGCAGACACUAAGGUGACAACUACCGGGCCCACCAAAACGGAUUCGUCGGCGCCUACGGACACCAGUAUAACGGAUGCCGGCAGGACAGACGUUGACAAAUCUGACAACAGGCUUGUGCACCGCAGCACCAAUGGAACUGUGUACCAUAGCGAAGAUACGGCGGGAAACGCCGCGUCUCCGAGAGAGAUGAGGAUAUGUUCUGUUCAGACGGGCAAGGAUUCAAUUAUGUCCGACAUUGCUUUGGGCGAUAAUGCGAAUGAGUCUCUUGCGUUACCGGCAGACUCCGAGCUUCCUGUGGAUGAUGCGAAUUCCCCUUUCUAUACUGUUAGUCGUAUUGUUGAGCGUCUGGACUCGGAGGAUAUGAAAGGCUGCAUCAUUAUGCUUGCCGCUAGAAGCGAUUCCUCCGUGAACGUGGUGCCUUUAGCGGGGGGUAUUAUUGAAAUUUAUGACGAGCACGAACGCAGCAUCCAAGCUGUUUGGUUGAAUCGGUCGGUAGCAGAGAGGUCAGACGUACGAAUUUUGCUGAAAGCGCUGAUGUUGCGCGUUUUCGCACAUGCCUACCAGAUUAACUUGCCCAAUCGGCGUUGCACGAAAAGUAACAAACUUGUAUCCAUAUACCAGAGCAUGCUGGUGACGUUUCCGCGCGAGUGUGUCUCAUUUAUCGAAAAGGAGAUGCUGCUGUCUAAACAUUACGAGUCUUACGGCUUCAACGAGCCGCAUAAUGACAACCCCAAAGUGCCAUGCAGGUGCCACAAGAUUGCGCCUGAUGCCAGCGAACUGUUCUACGGGAUAUCUGAGACUCGCUUCAACAACUUGUAUACAUCGCUUUACGAGAAGCUGCUGUUCGACUCCAUCGGCCGGAUGACGCCCAUAGUGAAGAUGUAUCCCGCGACUUCUUUCAAGCACGAAGAAAAGGUAGAUCAGAUUUCAAAAGCGGUGCGCGAAAUUGAGCGGUCCCUCAGGGAACAGAACGGUGCCAAGAAGGCCCGCAAGGCCUGA